AACCGUUGUGAUCAGCUAGGAUACGCCUAUGCCACAAUAAAACACCUGCGUCGCAGCCAUGGCUGGCUUGGGGCUCACGCGGGUUGGGCUCUGGAGCUAAAAAUUCCAGUGUAAACAUACGGGCUCAGGCUGGAGCCCAGGCCCUGAAACCCCUCGAGAGGGGGAGGGUCUCAGACCCCGGGCUCCUGCCUGAGCAUUAACGUCUACGCUUUUAGACUAUUUUUAGUCCCACAACCUGAGCCUGGUGAGCCCAAGUCAAUUAACAGGGGUUCUGUGCUGCAGGUUUUUGGUUGCAGUGUAGUCAUACUGAUCUGACCUCCGGUCUACCACAGGCCAGGGAACUUCCCCAGAAUCAUUCAUAGAGCAGAGCUUUUAGAAAAUACAUCCAACCUCGAUUUAAAAAUGGUCAGUGAUGGAGAAUCCACCGUGGCCCUUGUUCCAAUGGUUAAGGCUCUCACUGUUAAAAAUUCACACCUUAUUUCCAUUCUGAACUUGUCUAGCUUCAUCAUCCAGCCAUUGGGUGGGGUUAGACCUUCCUCUGCUAGACGGACGAGCCCCUGGUUAAAUAUUUGGGCCCCAAGAAACCCCAGAGCUGAUGGAAGAGAUGACCAGGGUCUUGCUCAAGUUCCCAGCACUCCUCUGCGUCUCAGAACUCCUCCCUGGACCCCUCACAGUCCUUUGUGAAGAACACGUCCAGGCUGUCAAACAAAACCACCCCCACCCCAGACAGGUGGAAGUGUCACUCAGCCAGCCAGGAAGUCAAGGUGUCUACCCACACUAGGGAACAAAGGCUGUCUACUGUGUGUGGUGGCAGCAUGUCGGACAAGAUUCAUGGUGACGUGUGCUGUGAAUAUGGGGCGCUUGUCUAAUGGGGCCCCUUUCCCUGCUGGUUUUGGCCAGGGGGUGGUAUUCUGUUGCCUGCGGUCUCUGCGCUGGAGGAAGUCCCCACAGGCUCUGGCAACACCCUGUAACGUUUGUUUGAUCCGAUAAACAGCUCGGUACGCCUGGCGCUAGCCAUGUCACCUAUCCACUCCCCAGGUGCUGAGUACUGUUAUUAGGCAGAGGGCCCAGCAGACACAGGAUUCUCUUCGAGAUCCAGGUCCUAAAACCAGGCCUCCCUAAGAGUUUUUGUGUAACCAGGUGGGCCAGUCCUGGCUGUCCUCAGUGCGGUAGGCUAUCCCAGAGUGCAUUGCCCUGCGUGCUGCCGGUGCUGCUCUGAGUGCAGGGCUGCCAGGCGCUCUGUCCCCUGCUGAGGCACUAUGGGAUAGCUGCCUGCAUUUCCCCACAGUGCAUCAAUCUGAACACAGCCAGGCAGCAUUUUAGGUGCAGGGGCACAGAUUUAACCGAUGCAGGGUUGGGUUGUGGAAAAGUGUCGGGCUUCUGUCGCCAGGCCGGCUGAGAGAGCUGUGGCCUGGUUACAAAAGCAUAGCGUGACGGAAUUCUUGUCUACACGGGGAAGCGGUCUGGCCUAGCCAUAGUGGGCGAAUUAUUCUGGGCGGGUCAAUUUCCCUGUGUCGUCAAGCCCUUGUAGUGCACAAGUGCCGUAUGCACAAAGACUCAGUUGUGGAGCUAAUGACCCAGCAAUGCUCGUUAGCUAUUGUGCUCAUUAAAGCACCUUAAAGCACAGAAACACCAGCUCACCCGUAAGCUGCAUCGACACGUCUGCAGAGGGAGUAACCCCUGGUUCUUGCCUUAGAGUUUUCAAUCCAUCCACAAAAACUGUUGUUAUAGGGGAGUUAAGGACGCUUAGCAGCACUUUGUUCCCUUCCAGAACAGGCAAGUUGGCAGCCAAAGUCGCUCCGAGGAUCAGAAGAAAUACUUGGCUGCACAAGAUAAUGCACCAAGCCAGGCCAUUAUACGCUCACUGCCUGGCCUCAGCGCUAUGUACUGUGUCUCCCACCCUGCUCUCACUGCUGUGUCUGCAAUAAGCACCAAGCCUAAAUUUUAAAAACAGGACAUUUCUGGGCAGCUGUAUCUCAGGACCCCCUUGAUCAAAUGACCCCGGGACGGCUCCACCGAGCUGAACUAGCCUCGGAUCUGGGAUGCCAGCUUUCACUCUGCCUGUGAAUUUCAGAGCACUUUGAAAUGCUGCCUUUACAAAGAAACGCUGCUCCAGCCUGCGUCGCUAAGCCUGCUCCUGCUGGCAUGCUGUAGCUAUCGCAAUCACAUACAUCACUCGGACAACCAGCCGGAAAGGCUCCUAACUGCUGACCGAUCGGGUUUUGAAGCUGCCUCUUGGUGGCCAACGCUAGCUGAGCUGAGGGGCAGCCCAGUGAUAGAAGCUGCAUGAGCCCGGCCGAAACCGGCAACGCCCCCAGGUGCCAGCCCCUGCCCGCGGAGCCCCGCUGCCAUGAGAUGCUUCCCAAAGCGCUUGCUCGCCACUGCCCUGACGCUCCUGGCUCUGCUCCUGCUCCUCAGCCUCUGCCUGCAGCGCCCGGAGGACCCACUAGUGGAGGAGGUGAAGCGCUGGGUCCAGGAAAUGGUGCUGCAGCAACUCCAACCCGAUGGGAACCUGCGCAGCUUCCAGGAGCUGUGGAACGCUUCUGCCUCCAGGAACGUCUCCUAUCGCUACCUUGCCGGCCACGCCCCCUCUAGGAAGAAGUUCCUCACUGUGGGGCUGUCGUCUAUCAAGCGGAAGCGAGGCAACUACCUCCUGGACACACUGAAGUCCAUCUUUAAGCAGUCAACCCAGGAGGAGCUGGAGGAGAUGGUGGUGGUGGUGCACCUGGCUGACCCGGACUCGGAGUGGAACACCCAGGUGGUGACAGACAUUACCGCAAGAUUCACUCCCCACCUCCUCCGGGGCCAGCUGCUGGUUAUCCAUGCCCCUCCGGAGUGCUACCCGCCCCUGGAAGGCCUGAAGAGGAACUACAAUGAUGCCGAGAAUCGAGUGCAGUUCAGAUCCAAGCAGAACGUGGACUAUGCGUAUCUCCUCAGCUUCGCUGCCAACCUUUCCUCCUACUACCUCAUGAUUGAGGACGACGUGCAGUGCUCCAAGUCCUUCUUCACUGCCAUCAGGAAGGCAGUGGCAUCCCGGGAAGGCUCCUACUGGGUCACUCUGGAGUUCUCCAAGCUGGGCUACAUUGGCAAACUCUACCACUCCAGCGACCUGCCCCAGCUGUCCCAGUUCCUGCUGCUGUUCUACCAGGAAAUGCCAUGUGACUGGCUGCUGGGGCACUUCCGCCUGCUGCUCACCCAGAAGGAGGUGAUUCGCUUCAAGCCGUCCCUCUUCCAGCACAUCGGCCUGUACUCCUCCUUCCAGGGGGCGGUCAAUCGGCUGAAAGACGACGACUUUGAGGCAGAUUCCUUGGACCUGCCUGACAACCCCCCAGCUGUGAUGUUCACAGACAUAGACACCUUUGAGAACUACCUGCCCAGCAAGGCCUACAGCACGAUGCCGGAGUACUUCUGGGGGAAAGCCCCAUCUGCCGGCAGCCACUUCACCAUCGUGUUCCACCAGCCUGCCCGUAUCUCACGGCUCCAGGUCCACACCGGCUCCGAGGAGCACCACACCGACUAUCUCCACUCAGGGGCCGUGGAGCUGGGCAGCCAGCAGCAGGGGAAAGGCAAGGGCUGCUCUACAUACACCCACGUCGGAGUCUUUGAGAAGGGACACUUUGAACGGAGCGGCUUGGAGAACAGCACGGCUGCCGCCCCGGAGUGCGUGCGGAUCCUAGUGACAGAGAGUCAGAGCGAAUGGCUGAUCAUCCACAGCAUCAGCAUCUGGACCAAACCAAACAGCUAAGGGGGUGCAGGGGAUAGAGGCAUGGCUGGUGACCCACACACCAGGGAGCUGGCCUCCCUUCUCAGGGGCAAGCAAGCGGUUCGGGGGUGUCUGAGGGGCAAUGGAGGGUGGUGGCACUGCCCCUCCCAGGCAAUGGCACCCUGCAGGGGAGGCACAGUGAGGGCCUAGUGGGGAAGGAAGAUGGGGCACUGAGGGUCAAGGCAGUGGCAUAGCAGGAUCCUGGUAGCAUGGCAGGAUGAUGCAUUAGGGCACGAAAUGGGAGCUAAUGCAGUACAUUGAUACUCUGGCCUUUCAGGGCGCCCUAUGUCCUUGGGCACUAAUUGCCGGUGGAUAGGAGAGCCUGGCCCCACAGAGCUGACUGACUCCUCUGAACUACUUCCUCUGGGGGCCGUGCAGUCAGAACCAGACCCAGGUAAGGCGUCCCGCUGGGCCAGACCCCAGGAGCGAGACCUGGAAUGGUGCUUGCAGCAGACCGCUGGGGCUCUGGAGAGGUCAGGAGAGCCAGCAGUGCCCAGCUCGGGGCAGGUUCAGAGCAUUGUCCACUGGGGAACUCUAGCCCAGACGUGGGCAAAACCAAUCCCCCAGCGUGUGAGGCUGCUCCCAGGGCAGAGGCAGCCACGGGGGAAACCUUGCCUCAGGAUCCUACUGCUCACAGUCGACCUGCUCUACCCCAACAGUUUAAACUGGCCGUCCAACCUCUCCAGCCUGAUGGCUAAAAUGCUGUACCCCAAAUGCCAGGGGGCUACAUUCCCGGUGGGAGGGGCAGGUUAUUAAUCACAUUCAUUACAGCAGUGCCUAGGAACCAACCAAAAUCAGGGCCUGGUUGUGGUAGGUGCUGCACAAACACAGAGUGGCAGACAAUCCCUGCCCAUCAAGCGCUUACAAUCUAACUAGACAAGACAGCCUGCUCCCCAGCCCCCUCCUCGCUCCUGACUUCUUCCGAAACCACAUUGAGCCCCUAGAAGCAGGGCCUUGUGUGGCCCCUGGCACCACGGGGCCAAAUACAGGGGCAAGAACUCCUCCGUUCUGUGGCAGUGUUCAUCUAGUGUAUCCACUGUUAGGCUCAAGCCUUUGACAAUCGCAAGAUUGGCUUAAAAGUCAUGAGAUUUUUACAAACAUCAUAAAUAUUUGGUUCUUUUCACUUGC